AUGAGCAGGGAGGGACAAGUACCAGAAAUUCUCCCUAAUCAUACUUAUAAUGAAGCUCAUCCUAAAAUAGCACCAAUAUUUGCAAAUGUAUGUCUUCGAGCUGGUCCUUCAUACUGGCAAAUAAAAAAUUGGAAUCCUGUUUUUGGAAAUAUCAAUCGCUAUAAAUUGGUGAACUGGAUUGGAUCGGGAUCUUAUUCUGAUGUCUUUAUCGGGCUUCAAGACGACACAAAAAAAUGUGCAAUAAAGGUUUUAAAGCCAGUAAAUCUUGACAAGGUACGCCGUGAACUUAAAAUCUUGACGAUAAUGCAAUACACGCCUAAUGCUCUUCAGUUAAUGGAUAUUCUUAUUGAUCCCAAGAAUGGAAUUACUUCUUUUGUCACAGAAUAUAUUCCAAAUAUAAAUUGGAGAACUUUAGUGAUUAAAUCUCCAUUAACUGGCAUUAGAAAAUACAUUUAUAAAAUAAUUCAAGUAUUAGUUGCCACUCAUAGUAAAGGCAUAAUGCAUAGGGACGUUAAGCCAGCAAACAUAUUAUGCAAAGAUCCAGACGAGCAAGUUGUUUUGGCGGAUUGGGGACUUGCUGAAUUUUAUCAUCCUCUUCACAAAUAUUCUACACACGUUGGUACUAAAUUCUACAAAGCUCCAGAACUUAUACUCGGUUAUGGAUUCUAUAAUUAUGCGGUUGAUAUGUGGGCUGUUGGAGCAACUCUUCUCGAAAUGCUAUCUAGGAAAAUUCAUGUAUUUUCAUCUGACAACCCAGAACGAAUGAUAUUUUCAAUUGCUUCUAUUCUUGGUGGACCAAAAAUUGUAGAAAUGGCUGAUAAAUAUCAAAUUGAAUUGAUGCCCGAUACACGGAGAGAAUUAAAUAAAUUGCAGGGAACUGGAAUAAGACGUUUGAUUAAUAAGCACAAUCUAGAUGAAGAUGCCAUCGACCUUGUUCAAAAAUUAUUAACAAUUGAUCAUCGAGAAAGAAUUACUGCUAUUGAUGCUCUUCAGCAUCCAUUCUUUAAUGCUAUGACACGAACCAUUACUUCUAUCUCUGCAGGAGAAGAAUUGUAA